GACGCACGUCAUUCGACUUUUAUCGAAAUAUCGCGAGAAAACAGAAAUCACCUCGUAUUUCUAUCUGCAUACAAUCAUGCUAAAACUAUGAUACAUUCAUAACACAAAGCAUUCCUUUAGACUUAUUCUAUUCUGUGUUAGUGAACUAUAGUUUGUGAGUUCCGAAUGAUGGCAAAUAAUCGUAUACCUUCGGGGCCGAAUACGCCUGGGAGUCAACAGACUCCUACACAGCAAGGAAUCAAGAUAUUUAUACAGAGGGAUUAUUCUGAGGGCACUGCAGUAAAGUUUCAGACUCGAUUCCCGCCAGAACUGGAAGAUCGAAUAGAUCGCCAAACCUUCGAGUAUACAAUGGAACGGCUGAACGAACACUUUGAAAUGGCAGAGACAGCAGACUGCAGUACGUACUGUGAAGGCUGCCUGGCCUGUCUUACUGCCUACUUCAUAUAUAUCUGCACUGAGACACAUUAUGAAAAGCACCUAAGGAAAGUAUCAAAAUUCAUAGCGACACAAAACGAAAGAGUUUACAAUCCGCGCGGGAUUCACAUCACAGACCCAAUCCUAAGGGGGCUACGGGUCAUAGAGAUCACUGUCAUUGACGUACCGAACUGUCAAAGUCCGACUGGCAACUCGAACAAUCAAAUGAGGCAUACAUGACCACCACAGGAAAAUAGGGAGUUCUUCAUGUAACCAACAAGACUCUUCUUGAUGUAAGGAUUUGGCUCUUAUCCGGGAAAGUUUGUUUUUCUGAUUACAAACGUCAAAACAAUGUUUGACAGCUGUCAUUAAUUUGUGACGUUAAAUUUUAGGAUAGUAUUUUUGACAGCUGGUUGUUUUGGUAAUGUGACACCUAAUUUACUAAUUAGUUUAUUUUAUUACAUUCCCAGUGUGUGAUUUCAUUUUUUUUAAAUCAUUCGUGUAUUUUGACGUUUCAGUAUCAUAUGUUCAAAACUGCCGAAUAUAAAGUUUCCGAUUCUUUUCCAUUAUUAGAUAGUGGAAUUUGUGAGUGUUUUCAAUGUCUUCAAAUCUUCUCUUUCUGAAAAUAUGUUAUAGCAUUUCAAGACAAAUUAAGCUACAUGCAGUUUUAACUUUUAGAACUGUCUAAUGGAGACCUAGUGAUUGUAAAAAAUGUAAAACGACACAAUUAAAUGAAAUUACAUAAAGGGAAAUAAAGCGCUGUUAUCUGAUGGAGAUGAUAUCUGAUAAUAUUCGGUUGACUCAUAGCUUGGAUAGCCAACAUUACAUAGCAAUAUUAUUCUUUUUGACGUAUCUAACAGAUUGCGUUGUCUAAGUAUAAACAAGAAUUACUUACGUUUAUUUUCCAUAUAAAAUACAUAAGAAAAAAAUAUGAGAGCUGAAUCCGUAUGUCAUCGAGAUGUAAUUUUCUACAAAAUAUUUAUAAAUAUAGGCUCUUUUUCAAUAUCUUUAAAGUCGUAGAUUGUAUAAAAUGUAGAUAGGACCACCGUGUGGUUUUGUAAUGAACGUAAUUUUUAUACCUAGCUGGAUUGUUUGAAGUCUAGGUCACAUGGGAAGAAUUAAAAAGUAAUGUUGACAUUUAAAAAGCAUAUUGUACACGAAUGUUUUAUAUAAAUGUCUAUAAUUAAGUGUGAUACCAUUAUUUAUAGUAAAUUUCAUCAUUUUACUGUAUAUUAUUUUUAUGGACACACUGUAGAUUGUUUGUUAUACAGGGUGUGUAUAAAAAUGUCAUCAAACUUAUUUUAGUAUUAUAAAAUGGCCAUUAAUAUUUCAGUUUCAAAAUAGUUAUAUUAUGUCUCAUUUGGAUGUAAAAAUAAUUACUUUUUAAUCCCCUUCCUAUAGUAGACCUCACCAAUUAAUUAAGUACACAUCAAGACUAAAAAAUUGACUCAAUUUUGAUCGAAUGACUGAUUUUAUUUAAUUUCUUUCGUUAGCAUGACAGAACUCCUUUUGCCAAAUUGUUCUUCCAAGUGGAGAAUGUUCGAGAAUGUUUCAUAUAAAAUUUGAUGUUUUUAAGACUUUGGUGGCUUAUUUGCUUAGUUUAGGUAAUGUACAGACGGACAAAGUAUCAACGUACUUUAAUUUGUCGAGUUUAUUUAUUAAUUUUAACUUUAUGACUUUGUAGUUUUGACUGCUUUUCUGGCCGAGUGUCGAGGGUCAAUCGAGGGUUUCGAGUUCGAUUCCCAGGCCAGGAAAAAUAUUUGAACUAUAUGAAGAUACCUAUUGAGAUUUUUGGCUUUCCAAAUUUCUCAGAAACUGGAAUUGUGCCUGGUAUAUCGCAACACGACUCGUCCCCUCCCACAUGGGGCUUAUAACAUAAGUGAUAAAAAGUAUAUUACAUUUUAUAUAAACACCUCGACCUUCUCCAGAAAACAAAACACGUGACGUCAUAAAUAUUAAGUUACCUAUUAGAUUAAAUAACUUUGACAGAUUAUAUUAAAUUGAUAUACAUAAACGUCUGUACUUAUAUGUAUAUGGCUUGAGAUUCUUGCUGUAAAAUGUACGAAGAACAAAUCUAAUUUGUUUUCAAGUAUUAAGUAAUUUGACGACCUGAUAAAGGUAACAGGGAGUGGAUGGAUAAAGUCAAUACGGAAGGCCUAUGUACAGCAAUGGUCGUUUCGUGGGUGAUAUGAUGAUGAUAAUAGUAUAAUAUCAUCACUAAAAAUCUAUUCAUCAUCAGCUGUGAUCACUGCUGGAAUAUGUGCAGACACAAAAGAGAAAUUUGCCAUAAUGAACCACAAAACAUGAGAUUCCAUUACUGGACUAUGGCCACAAAUGAGAGGUUAGCCUUAAUCUCGACACAUGGCAAACAGGUUAGAAAUCGCAGUUAUUAAUAGAUUACAGAAUCGGUACUUCGUAUCCACCUUUUUUCAAAACUUAUUCACAUAAAUAUUCAAAUGUUUUUAAAAAGGGAUCAACAACAAUUUUUCAAGUCACAAAAUAUUUGUAUACGAUGCGAUUACACAGCAAGAUAACUCGAGUCGAUUGCAUAUAUAGGUGAAUGAUAAAUGAUAUAUAAAUAUAAUUAUAGAAAUUAUUAUUAUUAUAUUACAUAAAGUAUAUCGUAUCAUUUGAUGUAAGAGGUUUUCAAUGCUUGUGUUUAUCUACUUUCUGAAAGGAUAAUAAUUGUUUUUAUAAUAACUAUCGUAAGACAUAUUAAAUUAACUUAAUAUGGGGGUUACUCACGUGAAUAUACUGUGAAAAGUUCUACUAGUCUAGUAGCUCUACAGUAGGAAGGAGGUAGGGAGCUCUCACGAGGAAGAACCCCUCUGUGGUUCGAAACUAGUAGAGCUUUUCUCAGUAUUUUCACGUGAGUAACCCGCGAUAUUUAGUUAAUUUAGGAUAAUACUUAACUAAAUACUGACUACGAUCGUUGUCAUUCCCGACACUUGACAAGCAUGUUGGAGAUUGCUGUGUAAAUAGUUCAGGUCUAUCAGAGGCGAUCGUUGAUAAAAUCUCCGCCCUUGGCAGAUGAGUCGGAGAUAUUGCGGUUUGAAAGGUUUAGAUGUGUCACGGAGCACUGCGGACCGGGCUCUGUUAAAUGUAGUCCCUUAUUCGAUUCUUAUAAUACCCACGAAAAGAGCCAGGGUGGUUUUAAAGUGGUCUUUAGAAGAAAUUGUUUCACCUUUCAGAAGGUAGGUUCAGUCUUAGUUCAUGUGGAUAUAAAAAACAUACCAAUAUAAAUAGAUACUUUUUUAAAUGUAUGAAAUAGUUAGAUAAUAGUCCAGUUAUACGCCAUUCCAUAUUGUUAAUAUACUUAUUUUUAAAUGACUUUUAAAAUAAUUUCGUAGUAUAAUAUUUUUCACCGAUACAAAACUUGAUUAUUUAUUAAUUAAGACUAUGUUUAAGAUCCUAUGUAAUCCCAAGUAUUUGCAAAAUCCUUUGUCAUCUAAAUUUUAACUUUAACCACAUGGACUAAGACUUAAAAUUGUGAUUAAGUUAUAAGGCCCGUAGACUAGCCUAACAAAUUGUGGUUGCAAAGACCUAUGUUAAUAGUGUUCUUUUUUAAUUUAAAUUAAUUAUAACCCUCUUUGGCCCCUUGUUAUAUUUAUCUGUUGUAUUUUAAUUAAUUAUAGGAUUUAUAUAUUAUGUCGCAGUCAAUUAGCUUAAAAACUCAUUCAAUUAACUGCCUGGCCUGUUUAAUAUAUGAUGUUGUAGUACAAUUCCGGUAGGUCAAUUUCAACCUAAACCUACUGUUUUGGUAGCAAUGCUGUUUAAAUGGCAACCCUUUCUCACUUAGAUAAACGGUCUGAACUAAGAAUUCAGCCACUCAAUCAAACGGCUAGUCAUUUAGGCCGUUAGUUAAAUGGCUAAUAAAGCUAGCUGACUGCGACAUAAUACAUGUUGUCUGGUAGGAAUUAUAUAUAAUGAAACUAUUCACUAAUUUUAGUUGUAACAUACUAUUUAUGGUUGGUUCUAAGUAGUGCGAGUCGAUUCUAUUAUCUUUAUUGUUUUAUAUUGUAUAUAAAAUAGCUCUAAAGGGCUUUUUAUUGUGUAUAGUUAUCUAACUAUACAGUUUCGUCUGUGGUGUGAUGAGAAUAAGGUUUGAAAUUGCUUGACUUGUGACCUUAAAUGUUGAAUGCGUAUAAAUACUUGUUUGACUUCAUAUUUGUAUGAAUAUAGUAAGGUAUCGUUGCUUUAUUGUGUCUAUGUUUGUGGUAGACAAAAUUAAGCUCUUUUUCGAUGUGUCAGAGUUGAAAAUAGCACUUAUUGGUUAAGCAAGCAAUUGUGUGAGUUUUUAAAAUCUUGUGAGUAAAUUGGUAAUAGUUUAUCCACCGCGGCCGGUAUUACAUGUAAUAGGUAUAUCAUAUCGUAGAAUAUUGUAAACUUAUUGCUUCAUAUGAUUUCCGAAGAUAAUAAUAUUAAUCUUGACUGCCUCAUUGGCCGAGUGGUCACAAGUGCUGCGGCUGGGCAAGAGGUCU